AUGAAUAAAAAAAUAAUUUCAAUUAUUUUGCUAGGAUUUAUCCUAUCAAUUUAAACUCAAGCUUAAUUGCUUCUUGAUAAUAGCAACAACAAUAACAAUCUUUCAAUCAUUCAAGGAUUAUUAAGAAACUCAGAUAGAUUCCUUUAGAAUCCUACUCUAACUAUUACUCCUACAGAAACCUCUUUCAUAUCAGGGUCUCACAUUACUUUCUCCGGUCUCUCUUCACCCUAAGAUGUUGUGAAAAUCGAAUUAUUCAAUAGUUCUUAGAGCAUAAAUCUUUAAUUCCUCUAAGCAAGUUCAAAUAGCAUUUUAGCUUUAUUUAAUGGAGGCUACUCCGGUGUAUUUUAAGGAAGAAUUACUUUGUCUAGUGGAAUUGUUAUAGUUUCAUAUAACACUAUUAAUAUAAGAGUUAAGAUUGAUUCUAUCUCUCCUAAUUAAGGCUCCAAUCAAGGAGGUGUUCUUUUAACUAUCAAUGGCUCAAAUUUCAGUUAUUAUUCUUCUUUGAUGUAAGUUUUCAUAGGGAACAUUUAAUGCACAGUUUUAACUUCUACUGACACUUAGAUAUAAUGUGUAACAUAACCUGCUUUAAACCUGGUAAACUAAUAAGUUAAUGUUGUUAUCAAGAGUGGUAAUCUUGUUUCUACUACCGAUAACCCUAGUAAUAUAUUGUUUAAGUUCAUUAAUAUUGCUUAAUAGCCAAUCAUCACCAGUAUUAAAUCUGCAACUAAUAAGUUCUUCAGAAGUGAUAUUGUUCAAAUUACUGGUUAAAACUUAUUUGCUUAAGGUAUUACAACUUUGCUCUAUAUUGGAUCAACAAAUGUUCUUUUCUCUUAAAAUAAUUAAGGACUUACUUUUAUCAUCCCAAAUGAUAUCAGUAGUUAACUAACUCAACUUGUUAUUUACGUUGGUUAGAACGGAUCAACUCAACCUCAAAACUUCUAAAUCGGAUAUAUCCUUAACUAUUUAUUUGGCCUCAAUCCUGAUAAGACUCUCUAUGUUUCAAGAUAUGGUGAAUUUUAAUUAUAUGGUUCAGUUUAAGGGCUUUCUAAAAAAUCUUAAAUUUAGCUUUAGCUUGAUUCAGGAUCUCUCUCAGACUUCAAUUUAUUAAUUAUGAAUAAUGUCUUCUACAUUUAAGGAACUUUUGAUCAUAGCUUAUCCUAAGCUCCAACCAAAAUUACUUAACUGAAUAUUGAUGGAUAAAAUUACCUCAGCAAUCCUAUUACAUUUUUAAGUUAACAAGAUUAAAUUAUGGUCAGUUUUAGCAUAAAAAUUCACCCAACGGAUAGCAAGUUCUUCUAAAUGAAACUAAUGCCAAAUGCUUAAUAUCCUAAUCUUACAGUUCAAUCAUUAGUUGUUUAGGAUUUCUAAGCAAAAAUAGUUGACCAAUUAAUCUAAGAGAGUGCCAAUACUUUCAAGUAUUUAAGAUUCAGUUCAAACUAUACUGAUAUCAGUUUUGUUGCUUACACAAAUCAAGGUGUUGCUCAAUAUUAUGGUGGUUCCAGUGCUAUGUAUUUGAUUUAGGUACAAAUUACUAAGUUAACAUAAACCCAAAAUGUAAAAACUGGAGAUAUUUUACAAUUCUAAAUCAGUCAACCGAGUACUAAAUUUGUGUAUACCAUGAAUGUUAUGUGUCCAAAUGGAUAUAAUGAUUAAAUAAGUUCAUACUUUAAAGGUCUCGACAUCUACUAAGUUUUACCCUUUUAAUAGAAAGGAAAUGUCUAUAGCUUUUAUUUCCCAACAAUUACCCAAAGAUUAUCAACAGCUUAAAGUACUUGCGAUAUUUAUAUUGCUGAGACUGAUCUUACAUUUGCAACUUAAUCUUAAUAUGAGUACAUCUAAUUUUUUUUAAAUUAAGAUUUUAUUAACUCUUUUUUGAAAGAGCCUAACUAGAGCCCUUAGAUUGAUGUCAAUCCUAAUUUAUAGGUAGGAUUUACUAGGACAACUUAUUUCCUAUAGUAAUUCAAAAAUGCUGUAACCCCUCAAAAGCAAAGAAUUUACGUUCAAGAUAUUCAACCAUAAACUCUUUCUGCAAAUGGAGGCGAAUAAGUUGUAAUUACAGGAAAUAACUUUUUAGCAAAUAGCAACACUGUUUAAACUACUUAAGUCACACUUUUCGGAGUUAGUUGUUAAGUUACAAGUUUAAGUAAUACUUAAAUUACAUGCAUUUCAGGAUAAAAAGCUAACUAUAAGCUUCCAGAAGAUGUCAGUUAAUACACUUUUAGAAGAGGAUUAUAAGUUAAAAGACAAGACACUCUAUUAGAUGGUUUUGACAAAACUUAAAUUCUUAUCGGAAAUGAAUCAGCUUUACUAUUAACUCACGUUAACUUGAAAAUCGAUUUCAGUGACUAAUACCAAGUUAGACUGUUGAAGAACUAAUUUUUAGAUUAACAAACCUUGUUUGUUCCAUAUAACUUAAACUUAACUCUUGAUGUUGGCUUAUACACAGGAAACUAAAUUAAUUUUAAUAAAAUAUAUGUUGAUGGCUAACUCAUUAUUAUCUCUUCUAGAGACCUAAACAUCCACAUUCAACAAAUUGAUGGUCUUGGAAGCAUUAGUUUUGGCUCAUCCUAAUAGAAUAUAAAUUCUAAUGUUAAUAUUGUUAUUGAUAGUGGUUGUACCAAUUUAAAUGCUUAUGGUAAGAAUGUUCAAUCAUAUAACUACAAGCUCAAGAGUGCUUUGAAUGCUUAAUCAAGUGUUAUUGAAGUUGCUGAUAGCUCAAUUAAUCUUUAGCCAGGCAACAAAAUUAUGGUUUUAGCCACAUCUCUUGACGAAGUAAAUGAAGAAUUUGUUAUUUAAUCUGUUAAAGGAAACUUGAUCACUGUUGCAACUCCUGCCUAAUAUACCCAUACCAAUACUAUUGAAACCCAUACCCAGUAGAAUGGAAGUGUUCGUUAAUUUAAUAUUUAAGUUCCUGUUGUUUAAAGCGAUAGAAACUUAAGUAUUAAAUUAAAUUCAUGCUCAUUUAAAAAUAUUUACAACGCCAGAAUAGAAAGUUCAAACUCUUUGGAAGCUAAUAUUAUCAUGAAUUCUUUUGUUGUUAUUAAUAGUAAACCUACUGAUUCACAGGUGCAAAUAAACUCAUAAAACAUAUAGAAUAGUGUGAUUUCUAUUUCUAACAGUCCAUUUUUGAUUUCCUCCAAUUUCUAAAAUAACUUCGUUAUUUUAAGUCAACCAAUAAACACCUUAUCAGUUGAUUCUUCUGUCUUUAUCAACAACUAUUUGCAAGCUGGUAUCAUAAAUUAUUCUCAAUAAACCUCAAAAUACGCUAACAAUCUUAUAGUUUCUUCAAAUUAUUGCUUCUCCUAGCAAUAUGUUUAAACAGUUUAAGCAGACUAAAACAUUUGCUUCUCCACCAAUUCAUUCACUUAAAAUAUGUUCCCUCAGAUGAUUUAAACUAAUGAUUUAGCAUUUUCAGUUUUAGAUUUAAGGUAAUACUUAAUAAGAAAUUAAGCAUCUAUGUUAACAAGCUAACAAAAUGAUAAAUUCGCUUUUGCCCCAGACUCAUCAAAUAAAACUAAAUUCUUUGUGGUUGCAAACACAAAUUCAAAGCCUGCUAAAAAUUAACCAGUACUCUAAUUAAAUGAUAAUGCUUAUAACUUCUUCUAAUCAAUUAUCCAAAAUUUCGAAUUGUAAGGAUUCAUUAAUACUUAAUAAUUAAUUUAGUAUGCAGACUAAAUGGGCUAAUACUUUAGACAAGGAGCCUUUAUUAUUGAUAUCUUAAACCUGAAAUCUGAUAUCAAUUAAAGUACUUAACUUUUCAAUCCAACAAUUAACGAUCAGCUAAGAAAUUUAAUUGUUGUAGAUAGAGAUGGUUCUCUAACAGGAAAACCUCAGAAUGUUAUUUCUUCAAAUCUAGUUGUGCCUUCACUUAACUGUGCUUUAAAUGUAAACAAUUUGAAUAGUUGCAUGUCUCAAAUAGGUGUGUUCCAAUUAUCAACAUUAGGAAACUAAAAUGGAAUACCAUAAACAACUUAAUGCUAAAAUACAUUAAGUGAUAAUCCCAUUGCAAUAUUAGAUGGUACAACUUAUACUUCUGACUAAAAUGAGUCUUUGAAUACUUUUGCAGUUGGAUUAACUGGCUAAAUUAAUUUCAGAUUCAUCAAUAGAAUUUAUCAUAAUUAAGAGUACAUUCCUUGCUACUUCAAUUUGGAACCUAUCUUCAUUUAAGACUUAACUAAAAGUUUUAUUGUUAAAUAUAUGGUUGAUACCUCUAAGUGGAGCUUAAAUGUAUAUGUAAAGCAGGAGUCUAAAUAUAUAUGGAUGACUUCUGUUUCUAGUUUAGACGUUAACACUUGCAAUCUCGGUGAUUAUUUAAUUUAAAAUGAUGGUGUUUAGAUAUGCAUUUAAUCCACCUCAGGCUAUCUUUAUGGACUUGGUAUAUCUGUCUCUUAAAUUCUCUGA